CCGGAAUGUUUUCAUUCAUGUUCAUUGUCCAUGCUUGAAGUAAUUUGUUACAAUCCACAUUUUUUAGACUCCAUAAUACCCAAAAAUAAAUGCUAAGCAUGUCCCGAAAGUGAUGCAGAAGCUUUCAUCCAACGAAAAAGAAGGAAAAUGAGGACCAGACAACAGUGUAAGACUUCAAAACAACCUUCAAUAACAUCCUCAAAAAUAGUUAAAAAUGAUCCAAAGAAAAUAACUAGAAAAAAGAGAGGAAGGCCCAAAAAGAGGGGAAAAUCCCAAAGCAUGGAAGAAGAAAAGGUGCCAUCUCCACCAGUUGAAGUACAGAACAUAGAGCGAAGAAAAAUUAUAGACUCAAGAAAUAACAUAGAACCUAGAAAAACCACAGGACCAAGAAAAAGCAUAGAACCCAGAAAAACUGUAGAACCGAGAAAAAGAGGAAGACCUUCCAAAAUUACUAUUCAACAAAUAAAUACUGACAUAGACUUCAUAAACUGUGACCUAGUUCCUCAGGAAAAUAGCGAUCCUGCUGAUGACAACCUAGAAGAAUUCGACCCUUUAAAUUCGUCUUUUAGUACCAAAAUUGGUAACCUUGAAAUUCUAAGCAAAUAUGAAAUCAAACAGGAGCCGGAAAUAGAAAUAAUUGAUAGUGUUAUUCCGCUAAGCCCUUUGAAAUAUCAAACAGCACAGAGUGAUCUGCUCCUUGAGUUGAAGGAGGAAGAAGAAAUUAUGGAUAGUGUUAUUCUGCUUAAUCCUUUGAAAAGUGAAACAGCUCAACGUGAUCCGCUCCUUGAGUUGGAAAAGGUGUCUGUGAUCUGCGGCAAUGAUAAUCCUUCUGAUGAUGAUGAUUGUUUUGAUAAUGAUGUCUUUGAUGACUACUCACAUGCAUCUGAAGAUGAAUCACCGGUGCGGAGGUGUCUCCUUCAAGGCCAGAGUAUCAUGGACAAGGAGGGGACUAUGGACUGCGUCCAUCGCAUCGCUAGUCCACUACCGUCACUCGGCCAGUAA